CUUCUUCUCUCUCUAUCUUUUUUUUCUCCUUCCCUAUCUCUCCUUUCCUUCUUCUUCCUCCUUCUCUGUGUUUAUGCCUCAUUCCUUCGUCUCUCUCUCCGAUUCUUAGGGUUUUCUCCGAUCUCCUUUCUCCCGCCGCCGCUCAGAUCUUCCCCGUUCAAAACUCUUUGGAUCCAGAUUCUCCUCCUUUUUAUGUAGGUAACACGCAUAUCAAGUGCUAGAGUCAAGAUCACAAAAGUUGCAUCGGGUGAUCUGAGCUGCUCUUAAGUUAGUUGUGUUUGCUGAGAUUCAAGUGGUUGUGUUCUUCCUUAGCGUUGUAUGGUUUUGAGUUGAAAAGGUCAAAUCUUCUCUUUGUUUCCAUCGAUGAGUAGUCACUAAUCUUGAAAAAUUGUUUUGGAGAGAAGGCACGUUAACUGUUGGCUACUGCUAGAGAACUUUCUGCAUCCAUGCUGGUAGAGAGCAUGCGUGGAUACUGUGUUUUGGGUGAUGCCCCUGACAAAAUUAGUUCCCGAUGCAUUCGGCGUGGUGACGAUAUGUCUAGUCGCUCUGCUUAUUGUUCUAGGUUUCCUUUGCAUCGCUUACUCCUUCUAUUUCCAGUCUCACGUUCGUAAGCAAGGUUAUAUCCAGCUCGGUUACUUUAGCGGUCCCUGGAUUAUCCGAAUCACGUUCAUUCUCUUUGCUAUCUGGUGGUCUGUUGGUGAGAUUUUUCGAUUGAGUUUGUUGAGGCGUCACAGGAGGAUAUUGAGCGGGUUGGAUCUGCGAUGGCAAGAAAACGUCUGCAAGUGGUACAUCGUCUCCAAUCUAGGAUUCGCAGAGCCUUGCCUGUUUCUGACACUGAUGUUUCUCUUGCGUGCUCCUUUGAAGAUGGAGUCAGGUGCUCUGAGCGGAAAAUGGAACAGGAACACGGCGGGUUAUAUUAUUCUUUAUUGUCUCCCCAUGCUUGCUCUUCAACUUGCGGUCGUCUUAUCCGAGUCACGCCUAAACGGUGGUAGUGGCUCGUUUGUAAAGCUGCCACACGACUUCACAAGAACCUAUUCCCGAGUUAUUAUUGAUCAGGACCAGGUCGCCUUGUGCACAUACCCUCUACUGAGUACCAUCUUUCUCGGUGUGUUUGCAGCGGUUUUAACAGCUUACUUGUUCUGGCUUGGAAGGCAGAUACUGAAACUGGUGAUUAAUAAGCGUCUGCAGAAGAGAGUAUACACUUUGAUAUUCUCGGUCUCGAGUUUCCUUCCAUUGAGGAUUGUUAUGCUCUGUUUAUCGGUACUCACAAAGGCAGAGAAGAUUAUAUUCGAAGCCAUUUCUUUCCUCGCCUUCUUGUCCCUCUUCUGCUUCUCCGUGGUUUCCAUUUGCUUGCUUGUCUACUUCCCGGUUUCAGAUUCCAUGGCCCUGAGAGGUCUAAGGGACAUGGAAGAAGAAGAUGAUAGGACUGUGACCGAAGAACGCAGCGGUGCUCUGUUGCUUGCACCACAGAACGAGGAUAGUUUGAGCUUAAGAGGUCGGAGAGACUCGAGAUCUUCUUCACAGGAGAGGUAUGUGGAACUCAGCCUAUUUCUUGAAGCUGAGAACUAAAAUCGUGGCAAAGGCUGUUUCUUUGGCUUUUGUGGCAAUGUAUGUACAGAUUCCUGGUGAAACAAGCAGAGAGAGAGAGAGAGAGAGAGAGAGAGAGAGAGAGAGAGAGAGAGAGGGAUUUAAGACUAAAAUAUUUGAGAAUAUGUUGCGCAAAAAAAGGGGGGCAUAAUUCAGUUUUGUGGCAAAGACACUUUGACUGUAAAAGAGGGUUUUGGGGGAUUUUACUCUUGUGAGGGUUUGUUGUUUGAAAUGUUUUCUGCUUGAUGGAUCAUAUUUUUGUACC